AAACACUGCGACAGGCAGAAGGCAAACCUGAGGAUCCGCUUCAAGCCCUCCCUCUUCCAGCACGUGGGAACCCACUCCUCCUUGGCCGGGAAAAUACAGAAGCUGAAGGACAAGGACUUUGGCAAGCAGGCCCUGCGGAAAGAGCACGUCAACCCUCCUGCGGAGGUGAGCACCAGCCUGAAAACCUACCAGCACUUCACCUUGGAGAAGGCUUACCUGCGGGAGGACUUCUUCUGGGCCUUCACUCCUACCGCCGGAGACUUCAUCAGAUUCAGAUUCUUCAAACCGCUCCGCAUUGAAAGGUUCUUCUUCCGCAGCGGGAACAUCGAGCACCCAGAAGACAAACUCUUCAAUACGACUGUGGAGGUUUUGCCGUUUGACAGCCUGCAGUCGGAUAAGGAAACCUUGCAGGAGGGGAGAGGCACAGUCUUCAAAUACCGCAGGAUGCCGGAUGGCUACAUCCAGAUAG